AUGGAGCAACGAUUAAAGCAGUUGUCCAGUGAUCGGGAAAAGUGUCCCAGUGUUUGGAGUGUAGAGAAUCUUUUGCUCUGCCAUAAUCUUCCUCAAGUCGCCCCUUUGAAUGUCCAUCGAUGUCUUUCAGCUCGUGGCUUGGACAUUUCAAGUAUUCACAAUGUGGUGAACUUCGAAGUGGCCCGCGAUAUUGACACCCACACCCAUCGAGUGGGUCGUACCGGUCGAGCUGGGGUCAAGGGCACUGCAUACACCCUCUUCGUAGCUGGUCGCGAUCCCGCGGACUUUGCCGCCCAUCUGGUGCGCCACCUGGAAUUAUCCGGCCAAGUUGUGCCCGAUCGACUUCUCACCAUUGCUCGUCAAUGCAACUGGUUUGUGGAGAAUAGAGCCAAAGCGGCAGCUGCUAGAGCUGAGAACCCCCGACCGGGAAUUGGAUUCCAACCUAGGGAAAGACCACCACCCCCUCAAAGCAAAAGUAAAUUUAUUUCUGAAUCAUCGGCCUCGAGUCCUACCGCUGCAGGGAGUGGCACCAGCACAUCACAUCAGCAAUUACAGUUUAUGGCUAUUCAGAACCCGACCUGCGGACCAGCUUCUUUCGCCGCGUCUAGUGCCCACCAGUCAGACAGGUUAGCUUCUAUGAAAGCUGCUUUCACUUCCCAGUUCACUCGUCGUUUUGUGUCGGCGGGUGUGGAAAAGACAAAGUAUACACAUCCAGAACGACUUGGAGACAAUAGUCAAUUCCAAAUGCCACCUCCUCCGGCACCGUCUUCAGAAAAUUCACAAUCCUCUGACUCAUCGCAACCGAAACGUCGAAGAUCUCGGUGGGAUUAA